AUGUUGUUCGACGACAGCAACCCAUCCUCCGCUCGCUGCAACGAGAGCACGCUCUACAAACAUGGCAUCUUCAGGAGCCUUCGCCUGAUUCUUGGUUGGUUCGUUGCUAUCCUCCUUGUUGGCCGAUGGCAAUCGGUUCAGGAUUUUGGUGUUGUAUCAAACGUCAUUCAGACGAGGACAAGGGGUGAUCCUACCACCUCGGCACACACGCUUCCCACCAUUCUGUCCGUGGUGGAUCCUAUCAGUGGAAACUACCUGAAUGCCUUGGAGAAUCCGCUCUAUGAAAUCUUGAAAGCACGUGACGUUGUCCUAGAUCAUGAGAACGCAGAGAAUAAGGAGAAUGGUAUCCACCUCGAAUGGGAUCGCACCCAUAUUCAUGCCAGAGAUUCCGUCAAGAUUCGAUGGGCCGACACAAAGGGUAUCGUGACGGACAAUGAUAUCCUGGUUCUAGUCUGCGACGAUGAAAUAUUGGAAAUUGCCACCAUUGCACAAGCAAGAGCGACCUCUCAGAGGCACUCACCCCAUGGUAUCGAGAGUGUUCGCGACGAAAACAACUCCUGGUACUUUCCAAGCUUUCCCAUCCUGCGGCGUGACACGUGCCAGUUUUCUCUUUACGAUAAGGCACCUUCGCGUCAGAAAAAAGGAACAGCUGCAAUUUACCAGUAUGAUCAUUUGGCCACAUCCAAUGAUUUGUAUCUUGUCGAUGCCCACAAGACCCCUACGGCCAUUCAUAUUGCCUUUGGCGAUACCCUGGAUGAAAUGGUGGUUCAAUUCACUACCGGGUACCUGAAUGGCACACCGGUAGUGCAGUAUGGAAUCGAUUCCUUGGAUCACACUGCAAAGGGCCAGAGUCAUACCUACACGAACGAGGACAUGUGCCAAGAACCAGCCACUCGGCGAGAACCAGGAAAAUAUCAGCCACCUGGUAUCAUGCAUGUUGUGAGACUGCAAGAGUUGGCUCCCAACAUGACAUAUCAAUAUCGUGUGGGACUGGAAGAAGCAGCCCAAGAUGACAACCAAGAGUUCCACCAAGAGAUCACCUGGUCGGACACGUACUCAUUCCAAUCUGCUCCAGUUGUAGCGGGUGACUCCCCUCCGUUUUCGUUUCUGGUCUAUGGUGAUCAAGGCUGCCCUGCAUUGGGUUGGGGAGAUGGUGGAGUUUGGACUUCGGCCAUGGCUGCCCGAGAAUUACAUGGCAGCCGUCCAAUUCGCGCGGUUCAUCACUUUGGAGACUUGAGCUAUGCAGUGGGAGUGGCGCAUGUGUGGGAUGAAUGGUUCCACAUGAUCUCCUCUUUCACACCUCAUGUACCACUCAUGAUUGGAGUGGGCAACCAUGAGUAUGAUCACACAGAGGGAGGCAGCGGUGGCAAGGAUCCAUCCGGAGUCAAUUCAUCUGCCGGGUAUCAUCCCUAUUGGGGUAACUUUGGCCAUGAUUCCUUUGGAGAAUGUGGUGUCCCCACUGCCAAUCAAUUCACGAUGCCACGCAGCAAAGGAAGCAAUGGGGUGUUUUGGUACUCUUACAACAUGGCCAAUGUUCAUACCAUCAUGCUGUCUUCAGAGCACGACUUGGCACCAGGAUCCAUUCAGCAUCUCUGGUUGGAACAGGACUUAAAAUCUGUGGAUAGAUCCUUGCUUCCAUGGGUUAUUCUGGAGAUUCAUCGACCCUUCUAUGAGGCUGAGCUUGACACAAAGGACUACAGGGUUGGAGUGGAACUAAGGGUAGAAUUGGAAGAACUCCUGUUGAAAUACAACGUCGACUUGGUGCUGGGAGGGCACUACCAUGCAUACCUACGGACCUGCCAGGGGCUCUACAAAAACAAGUGUAACAAUGGCGGACCUUUGCAUAUCACUGUGGGUUCAGCAGGUGCUCGUAUGGAGAACAAUACCGUGUUUGACACUGUCUGGACAAAGAAGUACAUACCAGGUGUAUAUGGCUACGGUCGAGUGACGGUCGAGAAUGCCACAGCAAUGCACUUUGAGUUUGUACAGGCUGGACGAAACUUUGAGCCCUGGGCAGGGCAUGUCCUAGAUGAUGCUUGGCUGACCAAGAUUGCUCAUGACACAAAGGCGACAAGACACGUUGGCACAGGGGGUGCUUCUGUCACUAACUAG